AUGUAAAAUUUUCAAAAAAUUGGAUCUAUUUUGAGGUUAAAGACAAAUUAUUUUUAUCGAUUCUGUAAUUAGUGUAAAAAUAUUAUUUACACUUCUAAAAUAAAUAAAUAGCACAAUAAAAAAAAAAAAUAAUAUAGGGAGAUAGACAUGUAUAACAAGUGUGUUGACUUUCAAGAGACUUAAAUAUUUAGAAGACUCAAUCAAUUUGUUUAUGACACACAAACCUUAUGA